AUGGAGAAAUCAGGUACUGAGAAGACAGGCAAACACCUGACUUCCUACUCAGAACAAGUGGAGCCUCCUAAGCGUUCGAUAAUCAGCAGGCGUGGGUUUGGAAGUGCUGGACGACGCAUUUCUUUGCUCACAAACCACUUCAAAGUUUCUGUCAGACGCCCAGAUGAAAUAUUUUACCAGUAUAGUGUUUCAAUUAGUUAUGAAGAUGGAAAAGUUGUAGAGAACAAGGGAAUUGGAAGAAAAAUAAUUGACAAACUUUACCAGACAUACAAUUCUGAACUUGCAGGAAAGAGAGGUGCAUAUGAUGGAGAGAAUACUCUGUAUACAGUUGGGCCUCUUCCACAAAACAAUUUUGAGUUCACAGUGGUGGUUGAGGAUUCAUUUGCAAACCGUGGUAGCCCUUCUCACAUUGGGAGCCCCAGUGAGUCUAGUAAGAGGUCAAAGCGUUCUUUUCGAGAGAAAAUUUUCAAGGUAAAGAUAAAUUAUGCUGCUAAAAUACCUUUGAAGUCCAUCUCUCUUGCCCUCCAAGGAAGAGGGGGUGAACAUGUUGAGGAUGCACUAAGAGUGCUUGACAUCAUACUGAGGCAGCAAGCAGCUAAGAGUGGAUGCCUUCUGGUGAGGCAAUCAUUUUUUCAAGACGACUCGAGGAAUUUCACUGAUGUUGGAGGUGGUGUAAAGGCCUGUCGGGGUUUUCAUUCCAGCUUUCGCCCAACUCAGGGUGGUUUGUCCCUGAACAUGGAUGUAACGACAACCAUGAUCCUAUCGCCUGGGCCUGUGAUUGAUUUUCUGCUAGCUAACCAGAAUGUACGCGAGCCUCGCUUUAUUGACUGGGCAAAGGCUAAGAGAAUGCUGAAAAAUAUGAGGAUUACAACAAUGCACAUCAAAAGGGAAUUUAAGAUCACAGGUCUAAGUGAAAAGCCUUGUAAUCAGCAAUUUUUUCCUUUGAAAGUAAAAAAUGGUGAUGGUGGGAAAGAUGGACAGACUAUAGAUAUUACUGUCUAUGAGUAUUUUACCAAACACCGUGAAAUAAAACUUGGCUAUUCUGCAUGCAUGCCAUGCCUUGAUGUUGGCAAACCAAAGCGGCCCAACUAUCUGCCUUUAGAGCUAUGUUCACUCGUUUCUCUUCAACGCUAUACAAAGGCAUUAUCUUCAACGCAGAGGUCAAAUUUAGUUGAGAAGUCGAGGCAAAAGCCUCAGGAACGAAUGCGAGUUGUGACUGAUGCUGUGAGAACACACCGUUAUGAGGACGACCCCAUCCUUGCUGCUUGUGGCAUUUCAAUUGAGAAGCAGCUUACUCAAGUUGAUGGCCGUGUCCUCGAGGCACCAAAGUUGAAGGUUGGCAGUGGUCAAGAUUGCUUCCCCCGUAAUGGACGAUGGAAUUAUAAUAACAAGCAACUCUUCCAUACUAUCCCGAUAAGAAGCUGGGCAGUUGUCAACUUCUCUGCUCGUUGUGAUACGAGUCAUGUUUCCAGAGAGCUUAUUAAUUGCGGAAGGAACAAAGGCAUUCAAAUUGAACGCCCGGAGAUGCUAAUCGAGGAAGAACAACAUUGUAGAAGAAAAAGCCCCAAUGAACGAGUUGAAAAGAUGUUUGAACAGCUUAAGGCAAAGCUUUCAAAGACUCCUCACUUUAUUCUCUGUGUCCUGCCGGAGCGGAAGAAUUCUGACAUUUAUGGACCAUGGAAGAAGAAAUGUCUAUGUGAUUUUGGAAUCGUCACACAAUGUAUGUCCCCUAUCAAGAUUAAUGACCAGUACUUGACGAAUUUGCUUCUUAAAAUCAAUUCCAAGAUUGGCGGGGUCAAUUCCUUGUUGGCAAAUGAGCGCCCCUCUCGUAUCCCCAUGAUCAAAGACACUCCAACAAUGAUUUUGGGUAUGGACGUUUCUCAUGGCUCACCUGGUCGAUCAGAUGUCCCAUCAAUUGCUGCGGUUGUUGGAUCUCUAUCUUGGCCACAUGUAUCGAGGUACAGAGCAGUUGUACGAACACAACCGUCUAAGGUGGAGAUGAUUGAAUCUCUUUUCAAACCUUUAGCAAAUGGGGAGGAUGAUGGUAUCAUGAGGGAGCUGCUUAUGGAUUUCUAUGACACAAGCAAUGGACGAAAACCUACUCAGAUAAUUGUCUUCAGGGAUGGAGUGAGCGAGUCACAAUUUAAUCAAGUUCUGGACAAUGAGCUGGAUCAAAUGACAAAGGCUUAUUUACAUCUUGACGGAUCUGACAUUCCCAAAUUUACAGUGAUUGUGGCUCAGAAGAAUCACCACACAAAGCUAUUUCAAGCUGGUGGUGCGCCAGAAAAUGUUCCACCUGGAACUGUUGUUGACACAAAAGUUGUGCAUCCAAGACACUAUGACUUCUACAUGUGUGCACAUGCUGGGAUGAUUGGAACUUCUCGGCCUGCACAUUAUAAUGUCUUGCUUGAUGAGAUUGGUUUUUCUCCUGAUGACCUGCAAAAUCUUAUCCACUCACUAUCAUACGUGUACCAAAGGAGCACUACUGCUGUCUCAAUAGUGGCACCAGUCUGUUAUGCCCACCUAGCAGCUGCUCAGAUGGCUCAAUUUAUGAAAUUUGAGGACUUAUCGGAAACUUCUUCGGGACAGAGAAGCUUUACUGCAGUAGGCAGUGCACUUGUUCCUGAAAUGCCCAGGUUGCAUAACAAUGUAAAGUGUUCUAUGUUCUUCUGUUAA